AAUCAUGGAAACCGUAAUGGUUAUAUAUAUUUUCACUCAUCUUUACUCAACUAUCUCAUAAACCUUAUCGAGAACUACUAGAUAUGGAUAUGGCUUUUACGCACGUUUGUUUAUGGACGCUACUCACCUUCGUGUUGACAUGGACGGUCUUCUACGUCACAAACAGGACCAAGAAGGCCACGAAGCCUGCAGAUGCGGUGCUGGAGGAGCGUAAAGACGGUGCUACGGACGUCAUCAUCGUCGGGGCUGGUGUCGGCGGCUCGGCUCUCGCAUAUGCUCUUGCUAAGGACGGACGUCGAGUACAUGUGAUAGAGAGGGACAUGAGAGAACCUGAGAGAAUGAUGGGUGAGUUUAUGCAGCCAGGUGGACGUCUCAUGCUUUCUAAGCUUGGCCUUCAAGAUUGUUUGGAGGGAAUAGAUGCACAGAUUGCUACGGGCAUGACAGUUUAUAAGGAUGGAAAAGAAGCUGUAGCACCUUUUCCGGUGGAAAAUAACAACUUUUCUUAUGAACCUUCUGCUCGAUCUUUUCACAAUGGCCGAUUCGUCGGAAAACUGCGCCAAAAGGCUUCUUCUCAUCCCAAUGUGAGGCUGGAAGAAGGAACGGUGAAAUCUUUGAUAGAAGAAAAAGGAGUGAUCAAAGGAGUGACAUACAAGAAUAAAGUAGGAGAAGAAACAACAGCCUUUGCACCUCUCACUGUAGUAUGCGACGGUUGCUACUCAAACCUUCGUCGGUCUCUUAACGACAACAAUGCGGAAGUUUUAUCGUGCCUAGUUGGUUACAUCUCAAAGAACUGUCAGCUUGAGGAACCCAAAAACUUACACUUGGUAUUGUCUAAACCCUCGUUCGCCAUGUUGUAUCAAAUAAGCAGCACUGAGGUUCGUUGUGGGUUUGAGAUUUUCCCCCACAAUUUUCCUUCUAUUGCAAAUGGUGAAAUGGAAACUUUCAUAAAGAACACUAUUGUUCCUCAGAUACCACCAAAACUCCGCAAAAUAUAUUUGAAAGGCAUCGAUGAGGGAGCACACAUAAAAGUGAUAAAAGCAAAGCGCAUGUCAGCUACUUUAAGCAAGAAGAAAGGAGUGAUUGUACUGGGAGAUGCAUUCAACAUGCGUCAUCCAGCGAUCGCAUCUGGAAUGAUGGUUUUACUGUCUGACAUUCUCAUUCUAAGAGGUCUUCUCCAGCCAUUAAGCAAUCUCGGGGAUGCAAAGAAAGUCUCACAAGUUAUCAAGUCCUUUUAUGAUAUACGCAAGCCAAUGUCAGCGACGGUUAACACACUAGGAAGUGCGUUUUCUCAUGUGCUAAUUGCAUCGACGGACGAAGCAAAAGAGGCAAUGAGACAAGGUUGCUAUGAUUACCUGUCUAGUGGUGGGUCUCGCACGUCAGGGAUGAUGGCUCUGCUCGGCGGCAUGAACCCUCGUCCACUAUCUCUCAUCUAUCAUCUUUGUGCUAUCACUCUAUCCUCCAUUUCCAAUCUCCUAUCUCCAUUUCCCUCUCCCCUUCGCAUUUGGCAUAGCCUCAGGCUUUUUGGUUUGGCUAUGAAAAUGUUGGUUCCCCAUCUCAAGGCCGAAGGAGUUAGCCAAAUGUUGUUUCCAGCAAAUGCAGCCGCGUAUCGCAAAAGAUAUAUGGCCGCAACUGCCCUCUAAACAUUGAUGCACCAAUCUUUUAGAUUGUGAAAAUGGUACGCAUUAUUGUACUGCAGUGUCAAUGCGUACAAUUAUUUAAUAUGUAAAAUGGAAAAUAUCUAAUAAAUAAUUAAAUUUUAAUAAUAAAACGAGUUUUCAUUU